AUGGAUUUGAGAGUGGAAUUUGCAGCCGCCGCCCCUAAUGCUGAUGAUAUUAUAGAAACCCUCACCUUCGAUCCCAUCCCGGAGAAAACGAUUCCAUUGGAAGAACCCUUUGUGUUCGGGAUUCAAACAACGUCUCUUGGAAAUCUCGUGAUUCUGAAUUUUUUUAUGGUCUAUGAAAUUGAAAAUGCGACUGACUUCAUUAGACCAACAUACGAAGUUACCAAUCAAGGGUUGAAGAUGUUAUUCUCUUUCUGGUUUCAAGAAACCACGGCAAUCAAAUGCCAACUGGUGCAAUCAGACACGGAAAUCGAAAACGAAUUCAUUCUUUACUUUGCCCCGUCUGGAAUCAUGAAUCGCGAGGGAGUGCAUUGCUAUAAUCAAACUAUGAAGUUGACGUAUAAGAUCGAGAAUAAUCAAAUGCCAGAUGAUAUUGCAAUCGUUCUUUCGGUCGAUGACAGAAUCGGAAAUCGUCGGAUUCAAGCAUCAAACCGAAUUAAUGGAAUUUUAACUUUUGAUUACAACUUCCGAAUCAUCCGGGAAUAUAUUUUGUACCUACUCUUGCAAUUUGGGAAUAGCUCUGUCAGACACCAUCAGACCUUCAAAAACAUAGUAACAACAAGAGCUACAAGACCGGAUAACUGA